AUGAAGCUCACUUUGGCUUAUUUUCUGAUUAAUUUUUGCUCCUGUGAUGAUUCUUCGGAAGAGAGUUUCAAUCAUACAGAAUACGAGAUAACCGGCUGGCCAAACGACAUCCUUGAUUUUUCAAAGUGUUUUGAUGACUUGAAGUUCAAGUUGAACACUACCAAAGAAAUUGGCGAUAAUAAAUUGAGAACAUUGCUUCUUUGCAAUGUCACUUUUGAGGCGAUAGAAUUGGACUUCCAACCGAACACAACUACAACAAUUACCACAACGACGAAGGCGUCAACGACAAGACCAGAGGCUACUACAACUGAUGCACCAACUACAAAAACUACAACAACAACUAAGGCUACGACUACAACACAAAAACCAACAACGACAAAAGCGACGACGACGACUACGAAGGCAACUUCAACAGCAGCAACAACGAAGACAACUACGACAACCGAAAAGGCUACCACUACAACAACGAAACCAACAACAGAGGAGUCUGACCCUGGCACAGACACGGAAAGCGAUAAAGAGACAAGAAAAACAAACACUGAAAAAAGUGAAAACAAGAAAGAAAUCAGAGAAUAUCUCGUUAUAAAAGAAGUUCAUGAAUCAAGCGUUCCAAUUUUUCGCACCUGGGGAGGAGCCGUAUUUUUGCAACAUAUAAGCCUCGGGAUCGCGAUCUUGAUCAUCUGGUCAAACCAAAUUUCUCUAGGUCUCAAUAAGAAGCAUGAGAAAAUUCUUCUUGCGAUUUGGUUUUUUAUUUUCAUUGCCUUGAUUGUCGAUUUGAGCGCAAUUUCAAAAGUGAUCACUGAGAAAAAUCCCUAUCCUGCUGCUUUCUUCAAUUCGCUUCUGAAUUCUGUACUGCUGAUUUUAGGACUCAUGCUUGUUAUUGGAGUUUGCAGAGAGCGCGAAAGAGUACAGCGACAUGAAUUUGAAUGA